GUGAGGAAGGACUGUGGACAAGCUGCCGGAGUACAAAACAACAAGCUUCAAAGAGCAAAAGAGACAUGGGCCACCUUCUGUUCUUCUCUUUAGAAACAUGGAUUCUACUGAUCACAUUCAUCUGCAUAUUUGUCAUGUAUGGCACCUGGACUUACGGGAUAUUUGAGAAGUUGGGGAUCACUGGUCCCAAGCCUUUGAUGUACUGGGGCACCAUUGGCAGGCUAAACCAUGUUUACUACCUCGAUGACUAUGAGUGUGCUAAAAAGUACGGCAGAGUAUGGGGCACGUAUGAGUUGAGGAGGCCCAUACUCGUCGUGAUGGAGCCUGACAUGUUGAAAACCAUCCUGGUGAAGGAAUGCUUCACCUACUUUACCAACCGACGGAACUUCCGUCUGAAUGGGGACCUCUAUGACGCAGUGAACUUUGCAGAGGAUGACCAGUGGAGACGUAUUCGCAACAUCCUCUCUCCGUCCUUCACCUCUGGCCGGUUAAAAGAAAUGUUUAGCAUCAUGAAACAUCAUUCCCGCAGACUGACAACCUGCCUGCAGUCCAAAGCACACAAUGGUGAAGUUAUUAAUACCAAAGAUUUCUUUGGAUCCUACAGUGUGGAUGUGAUGGCAAGCUGUGCAUUCAAUGUGGACAUGAACUCCAUCAGCAGCCCCUCAAGUCCCCUCAUGACCCACGCCUCAAAGCUGUUCAGAUUAUCUCUUCCUCUUUUCAUGUUCCAAGGAUUCUUCCCCAUAUUUCUUCCUCUCUUGGAGCUGUUGGGCGUCUCUUUUUUCCCAAAGGACUCUGUUGUUUUCUUUAAAACGCUUGUGGAGAAGAUCAGAGCAGGACGCAAUGGGAGCUCAGACGAGAAAUCGGGAGAUAUGCUUCAACACAUGAUCGACUCUCAGAAUGCCAAUGAAGCCAAUAACAAAAAGCAGAAUAAAGCCGUCCCUGCAGGUCUUACUGAUCAUGAAAUUUCCUCUCAGCUGACAAUGUUGCUGUUUGCUGGUUUUGAGACCAGCAGCAUCACUCUCAGUUUCUUGGCCUACAAUUUGGCAAGACAUCCUGAAGUCAUGAAACGCCUGCAAGAGGAAAUAGAUGCCACGUUCCCCGAUAAGGGCCCAGUGGAAUAUGAAGCUAUGAUGCAGAUGGAGUAUCUGGACAGUGUAAUCUAUGAGUGUCUGAGGCUGUACCCUCCAGCUGCACGUCUGGAACGAACGGCCAAAGAAACUGUCAAGAUCAAUGGAAUCACAAUCCCAAAGGACAUGAUUGUUAUGGUUCCAGUCUACGCUCUGCACCGCGACCCGGAGCUAUGGCCAGAGCCAGAAGAGUUCAAGCCUGACAGGUUUAGCAAGCAGAACAAGCAGAGCAUCAAUCCAUACACUUACCUGCCAUUUGGGAUUGGGCCAAGGAACUGCUUGGGGAUGCGAUUUGCUCUGGUGUUGAUUAAACUGGCCCUGGUGGAAGUUUUGCAGAACUACAGCUUCUCAGUCUGUGAGGAGACAGAGAUCCCUCUGAAGAUGGACCCCAGUGGCCUUGUUGGACCCAUAAAUCCAAUCAAACUAAAGCUGGUGACACGUUCAGUCAGAUGUAGCUAGGAAGUACUCAGAGAAAUGCGCCCAUCGAGGAUGAACUAUCCUGCAAACUUGUAAUUUUAAUAACUAAAAAAGCUGCUUUAAAUUUACUACUUUAAGAUUUCAAUCUGUAUCAUAAGAUCACUAUGACUGUUCAGAUCAGAUUAAAGUCAGUCAGAAUUUAUAUGUGCAUCAUGUUCAUGAACUAUGGCAAAUUGAGUGCCAAACUGGCCACAACUAUCCUGAUUGGCAUGCCUUUAGAAUACUGGAGGAAACAGGAGCACUUGAAGGACACCACCACAAGCACAAUAAAACAAACUAACUGUGAAGUGAUGGGUGCUGGUGACUAUCAAAGCAGGCCUAUGCACUUCAAACAAAAACAUCAGUAUGAGGCAAUGCAAUAUCCAAUCUGUGGAUUUUCUCGUUACCUAGGUGAUGACUCAGAUGUAUGGUAUGUUUUGAGGCUGUACUUUGCUGUGUUGUAUUGCACUACAACACAUUACAAGCAUUUACUACUAUUUUUGUAUGUUUAUCUACCUAUAGAGGAGCAUAUCAACAUUUAAAACCUUUUACAAACAGCAUUUAUUACAGGACUGCAAUGUACAGACGUUUUUAUUUUCCUGUUGAAAAAAGCUUUAGGUUUUGAUUGACAGGUCCAGUGUGUAGGAUUGAAUCAAAGGUGAAAAAAAACACAGCUUAUUUUCAGGUGACCAUACACUUAAUGAAAACAUAACUAUGAAUGUUAUGCUACAUUUCUGCCACUGAAGCCCCCUAAAUCCUGAACACUGGACCUUUAAAGGAUGAUACUGACUCUGGUAGAUAAAGCCCCUCAUGGGAAUUGUCUGGAAGUCUGUUUGAGGACCUGAGGCCACAUGUUGUAUCAUGGGUGGCUACAUGUCAAACACACAACCGGAGGAAAGACUUUUGCGUGUCUAAAUAGCACGAGUGACAUGCUGAUACGGCAGAAAGACACAAACAUGUGACUCACCAGUCACACGUGUUAAAUUAGGUGAGAAGCUACCUGGAGUUGGUACAAAGGGAGAGUUCACUGCUGGUUUGUGUGUUUGCAUAAUGACACAAUAUGAAGGACAGGCUUCAACACCAGGGCAGCAGUCGCUCAAAAUAAAUUGCUUGAUACAAUAAAGAGAGUCCAGACACUGGGGGUGGUGGUGGCUGAUGACUGAGGAUGAUGAAAUGAUUCAGGUGGAGAUCUGCAAGGACUGGGCGGUGAUGGGGAGGUGGAGGAGUGCACGUAAAGGCAGCAUGAAAUAACUAUAAGGCAGAGAGGGAAUCAUAUUUAAAAAGACAGCAGUGAGAUGAUAGGCUAACGGUGAAGGUGUGUUGCUGUGCUAUUAGACGUGACCAGCUGAUGACAACAGCUGACAUCUUAAUUGACAGCAGAGAAAUUCUGAAUGAGCAUGUGUCAAAUGAGUGACUGCAGGAUGGUGGCAGAUAUAAGCUACACGCCUAAGCAUGCAAAAGAGCUGUCUUCCUGACUGACCUUUUGCUAGAGCUUCAUUUCCUUUCCUGGAUCAUGAACCAUAGUGUCCAAGUUGAUGUUUGUCGGAUCAGUAAGCAGGGCAGGAAUUUCACCGGGGCCAUGGCUCCAGUGCUCUGCAGCCACAUUCGUGUCCCUCCUGCACUGCCCCAGCUGAUUCCCUCAUUUUCUCCUCCGCCUCUUUCCUGUCAGGGUUUUUAGGACACAGCCUCUUUUGUUGGAGUUAUCAGGCAAUAUCAAGUCAAGGAAACUAUAAAACUCAACAUACACAAUGCUCGUAUAUUGUUACAGUGCCGACUUGGCUGACCCAGUGGCUGAAGGAGUGUUAUGUGUCUAAUAAUUAUUAGAGCCUAAUGUUUGUAACAUUAUUCCAAUAUAUACCAAUAAAUAAUUUUGUGAAAUAAACAUAUUUUUUUAUUUAUUUCACUUGUACACAAAAUAUUAAAAAUAAAAUCAUCCUUAAGUUAAAUUCACACAUCAGAGAUUCCUUUUUUCUAUAUUACUGUUUUAGAAUUCUAUUUAUAUUGUCAAGACUACAUCUGGGCGUUGCACAACCUGCAGGCAGGUACUCCAGGUGCCGUCUCACCUAAUUUAACACACACACGCCAUAUCAGCAUGUCACCUUGUCCCUUAUCAAACUAGAAAAAAAAAUCUUCUCAAGAAAAGGAAACCACUGCAAUUUUUUUUUAAUAAGAUGGCAAAUAUUCAUCAAUCACUUUCUUUGAACCCCCCUCCCCCGCCCCCCAUUCUUUCUUUAGAGAUGCUUUUACGUGAGUUUGGGAGGGAGAGUGUGUCAAAAAGUCACUCUGGGCAAAAGUAAAGGAUAAAAAGAGGCACAAUUUUAGAUUAGAAAUGACCGUUCCUUCUUUUAUAGUUAGCCUGUAUCAAAAGGCACACUGCAUCAUAAAGACACAGCAUGACAGCAAUCAAUACUGUGCUGGGUCAUUGCACAACCUGUUGGCAGUUCCACAAAUGAGCACAGUGUCAGUUUUGAGGUAGGGUAAAGGUAUUUAUAUUUUGCUCUGUGGGAAACGCCUUCCAGCAGCUUUACAAACACCUUGAUAUUUGCCCUGCAUUACCUCACAAAAAGCUGGCCAGUGAAUUCUAGUCCCCCAAACCAACAUCUACAGUGGCUCACUGACACCAUGUCCUUUAUCAGAACCAUGAGUGUUUAUAUGGUAAGAAAGUAUAGAAUAUUGAGACACAACACCUGUACAUCUGUGAGGACAGUUUGAAUAUUUUAGGUCGUUUUUCAGUAAUUUCUUUCAGUAAUGGUGCUAAAGUUUGUUCUUAAUAUCAUGUAGUCUGAACACAGCAUUAUGCAACUACUACCUUCUCACCUAAUUUUACACACCUGGCGCUGAUAAGGUCACAUCUGCCGUAUCAGGACGUCACCAUGUCCCUGGUGUUGACAAAUACGGCACUCCAGAAAAUGAGCACCCCUGCAGUUUUUAAAUAACAUGGCGAUCU